GGCCGGGAAGGACGUCAGCGGGCCUAUUCCCUGCGUCCGCCAGUCCCGCCACAGAUUCACUUGGGAUCCUCAAACAGAUGAGCCGGUGGAGACGAGGGAUCAAGGCGGCCGAUUAGAGCCAAUUGCCUGCUUCAGGGACUGCCAGCCCUUCCAGGCCUAGCAACAGGGGAGGGAGGGGAAAGAGGAACCCAGCUUCUCUGCGGGAAGACACUGAAGCCAGAGCGACACCCCCCUCCCACCCUCCCCACCUUGCAGCACAAGCUUUGAAAAGCUGCUCCCGCAUCUGAAUGGAAACUCAGAACCGCCGGGAGGCGCGUUCCUUCUCGCCCAGCCUUGCAACCUAUGCCGAGGGGAAGGUGGUGCGAGCCAGCGCCCAGCUCCCGGGACGGGGCCAGCAAUGCUGCUGAGCAGAACUUGACUGAGCCUCUUCCUCGCUGCUAGUGGAAGCGAUGCUGCAGGGCACAGCCAGCGCUCCCCCGGCUCUCCUUCAAACUGAAGGUUACCCACCCGCGCAGCCAGCCCCAGCCCUGUGAGUGCCGCGCUUCGGUCCUCGCUCCGGCUGCUCGGCGCAGGGCAACGACUGGGCCGCCCGCGCCGGGGCGCACUGCACCAGAGGCUUCGGCUUGGUGGAUGUGUAUGCAUGAGUUCUGCACCGAAUGGGCGCAAAAAGCGCCCCAGCCGGUCCACCCGCUCCUCGAUCUUUCAGAUCAGCAAGCCCCAGCUGCAGAGCGGGGAGUGGGAACGCAGGGGCAGCGGCUCCGAGAGCGCCAGCAAAACCCAGCGAACCCUGGACGACUGCAAGAUGCUUGUCCAAGAGUUCAACACGCAAGUGGCCCUGUACCGAGAGUUGGUCAUUUCUAUCGGGGACGUUUCGGUCAGCUGCCCCUCACUCCGGGCGGAAAUGCACAAGACAAGAACCAAAGGCUGUGAAAUGGCCCGUCAGGCGCACCAAAAACUUGCUGCCAUCUCAGGCCCGGAAGGUGGUGAGAUUCAUCCAGAAAUCUGUCGGCUUUAUAUCCAGCUGCAGUGCUGCUUAGAAAUGUACACAACAGAGAUGCUAAAAUCCAUAUGUCUGCUGGGGUCUCUUCAGUUUCAUCGAAAAGGAAAGGAGCCUGGCGGAGGAACCAAGAGUUUGGAUUGCAAAAUUGAAGAGAGCACUGAGCCACCUGCUCUAGAGGACUCCGCUUCAUCCCCCGUAGAUACGCAGCAGCAUGCCUGGCAGGUUUCCACAGACAUUGAGAACACUGAAAGAGACAUGCGAGAAAUGAAAAACCUUUUAAGCAAACUCAGGGAAACUAUGCCUUUACCAUUGAAAAAUCAAGAUGACAGCAGUCUUCUAAAUCUAACUUCCUACCCUCUGGUUAGAAGACGGAAGAGAAGGUUCUUUGGGCUAUGUUGUCUCGUCUCCAGCUAGACAAUUCCUCCUGGAAACCCACCCCAGGGGAGACCUGAAAAAAAAACCACAGACGCCGAGGACCUCCAGACAGCUGAACCACAGUUAUUGGUUUCUGACUAUGUUUUCUAUGCUUCCUUAUUACUUCUAUCCGCCUCUCUCUACCCUUUUAAAUGAUUUUACAUUUGAAAGUAGCUGCUGUCAAGGGGAAAAAAACAACAACACAGAUUCAAAAAGCAGGCUGUUUUUAAAAGGAUUUUUAAAGUUUUUAAAGUCGACAUUGUGCAUGUCUGCUCCAAACCAUAUCAUGACAGAAUUAUGAUUUUUAAAUUAUUUAAAGGUCUUUUAAAAUGGAUUAUACAGAGAAAAAUCAUUUCACGUACACUAGUAACCCUAUAGCUCUUGCUGAUCUCAUGUUAACAAUUUAUCUUAUGUGGAAGAAGUCUUUAAACAUAGAAAUCCAUUUAAAACUGCAAAACUGUGUUAAAAUCCAAUCUAUCAAUAUCAUUAGAAACAAUAUAAGCAAACACACCACCUCACCUAUUGCUUUCUCUGCUUUCAUUUACAUUUAGUCUUCCAUUCCGUCAGAAUCUAAGAGCUUCAACAGAAAAAUCUCUUAAUUUAUAAUGCAGCAAAGACCAUAUAUGAAAAGUGUUUAAAUUUUGUAAAUACACAAUAAUCCUAAUACCUUCGUACAAUGCAUAUGGGCAAUUAAUUUCCUUUCGAUCCAAUGGUGUCUUUUUCAGCUUCUUGGAGAAUGAAGUAAUCCAGUUAGGAAAUGGUGUAGUAACAUAUACAAUUACCCUCAAAUGUAAAAUUUGAAUAUUAUGACAUUUUGUUCUAAUUGAAAUCUGAAGCAUGAAGUCUGCGCAUCAGCAUAGUGUUAACUCUUUAGGGCAUGCUGGAAUUAGCUCAGAUCGUAAAAAUAUUUAACAUUUUACAUUGUUAAUAAAAUCUUUUCAGUUCAGCUAAGCUUGUCUCAUUUUAGAUGACUAUGCAGAUUUGACUUUUCCAAUGUGUACUCGGUGUCUUAUCUUAUGCAGAUUUCUGAAAGCAGGUACAUGAAGCAAUACUACAUUUUAGAAAGGAGGAAGCCACGUGCUGUUUUUCUGCUCACAGCUUUGUUGUGAUCUUCCUCCACUAAACUUGUAACAUGGUACACAUGUUGUUGUAUUCCCCACUGUUCUUUCUUUGGCCCAUUUCUCAGACAGAAUUUCCCAUAGGUUGGCAGAUCAGGCCUUUGGACUUCUUUUCUUUUUACCAUAGUCUGAAAAAUCCUGAAGUCAGACAAGAGGCACCAGUGUCUGGUAUAGUAAAAGGAUGAGCAAGAUGCCUAUAAGUGGUUUAUUCAAAGCGCAUCUUUAAUCCCAACCCUAUAAUUUCUUCCUACUUAUGAACACAGGCAUUUACAUGUCCACCAAUAUUUUGACCUGAAAACUAAGCAUAUUAAAGCCUUUAGCUUUAGUGAAGAUGAAGACCAGGUACAGACAAAUUACUGGAAUAAUCAGUGUAUUAGGCUGAAUUAUAUGAAAUAGCUGAUAUUCGACUGUUUUGACCUGAGAAAUGGCAAUUUCAUAUAGUUCAACAUAAUAUCUAGUGUUGUGGAAAUAAUCUUUGGAAUUGUCUUCUAGGUUUUCCAGGUUGAAAGGAUUAAAGGGUUGGAAGAGAUCUCAAAGGCUAUGCAGGUCGCUGUGUGGAUCACACCAGCUGGCUCUUGGCCUUAUUUGUGGAGUCAGAGUUGUGUUCCAAUGAACUGGUAAUGGAUGCAUGAUUAUAGGUAUGCUUGGCUUCAUAUAAAGAAGUACCCGAGAAAAUUACCAGAGAAAAUCACAAUUUUCUAAAUCAAAUACUUGUAAAACAAAACAGUUGUGGGAAUAUGCUAUUUAAAAGACACCUCGGGUGAGUACUCCCCUGCAAAGCGGGUAACCAUUCCCAGAUUUACCUGGGUCUGCAAACCCUGGUUUUCAUAAAUGAAGUUUGAUUAAAGCUUAAUGUCCUGUCCUGAAUGUGGUUCAUUUUUAUCCCCUGGAGUUCAUUUUUAUCCCCUGGUCCAUUGUUUUAGAGAUUAUGAAGUAGCCUAAUUUGGCACGUUCUCUCUCCCGUCUCUGUCCUCUCCCAUCUUUCUACUAUAUUAAACCCCAGCUUCAUUCUAGUUCCUACUAAUCCAUGCGCAGUUAUUAAAGGAUAACUCUAACCUUGGUGUUCAGCACG